UGUUUCUUUUUGAUUCGAUGAUAGCACAAGCGUCCCACUGCUCUCGUUGUCCUCCAUGUAAAGCUGAUGAGAAGCAUCGGUCCUUGGGCUGCCGUCAUCUGCCUGAGCACUUUUCCAUCAGGCCAGUAAUCUGGAGGGAAAACCUCUCCUCAAUCUGGCGCUUCAGUGACAUCCUGGAAAAUGGGAAGCUAAAAACUGGGUUUUGGCUAAGGUCCGCUUUGUAAAGAAUCUCUACAGAGCAUCCCACAGGGACGGUGGCAGAUUCUCCUCUGGCAUCCAAGAGGGCGUUCCACUUGUGAAAGAACUGAAACACAACUUCUCUCUGGAUUAUCUGGCAUUGUGAACAUCCACUACCAGCUGACUCUGUUCUUAAUAGAUGGGUUCAGCCUUUAAUAGGUUCUGCAUGCAGUUCUGCUGCUGCUGCUGUGUUGCUGAUGAUGAAGAAGAAGAAGAUGAAAAGCAGCCUUUAGUACCUGCGGAUCCGUUGGACUAUUUUACCCGUGAAGUCCAGAAGCGUCGAGAUGAGGAAACAAACCUGUGGAGUGAGCCGGGAGACCCCAGCCAUUCGGAGAGACAGGAUGACCGGGUGCUCUACUCUCUGCUACAGGCCAGGCAGAAGACCCGCAUGGGCUCCACGGGCUAUCGUCGUCUGAGUGUUGAUAUCGAGGCCAUGAGAGACACGCGCAGAGAAGUCAGAGAGAAAUGGAAGACAGUCCUGGAAAAUCUAGGUUUUAUGGCAGAGGCAGACUCUCUGCUGACUGUGUCUGCUGGGGCCUCACAUGACCGCAUGCGUAACGCCCCGAGAGCACGUGCCCUUCUUCACACACUUCACUCUGAGACCUCCAUCUUCAACAGCAACAAAGAACCACCACCCGAAAGAUAUCUUUUCAUCCUGGAUCGUCUCCUGUACCUAGAUAUAGCUGAAGAUUUUGUGGCAAAGGCAAGACGCUUCUACCCUCCAAAGGAUGACUCUGACGAGGAGACGCCGGGUCUCUCCGUAAACCUGCCGCUGCUGCUGGCCAGGAUAGGGGCCAUGAACGGAGGAGGGGAAGAUGAGGAGGAGGAGAGCGAAAAAGAUGAUGAAAACUUGAGUGACUGAGCCCAAGAUCUAUGGGCUGCAGUAAUAAGAGACACAAAGCAGGGGGCAGUAGUCAUCAACCCUGGAGACCUGGAUGACAGCUUUGCAUAGCUCUUAUUCAAGUGUUUGUUGCCUCAUACAGUGUUGUUGCUGCUUUUUGGAAGUUCUAGGCUGAAAUAUUUCCCUCUCUCAUUUAGCUUGACUCUUUUUUGUUUAGUCUGGCCAAACUCUAAAAGGAGAUUUGCAGAUUUUGAAAUGAAUCCCACAGAUGAGUAUUAACUGUGUUUUUUCUCUCCACCAAAGAGUGUUAUCGGGUUUGUAGGCGGUUCAUUGUUCACGUGUUGCGAACCUUCAGGGUAACUAUGUUCUUCUGAGCAAUGCUUCUUUAUAGUUCUGUCCUAUGAUUAUCAGCACUCAUUUCAUUCAAUCAUAUGAUCAGUAAGAACACAGAAUAAAUAGCACACCGAUCUGAUGUCAGACUUUCCUCUAAAGGUUUUACAGGAAAGAGUGUUUGCAUAAUCACUGCUUUAACUCAUUAGAAUCUGUAUGUGGUUUAAAAUAUUUGAAGAAUAGCAAAAAGAAAUGCAAUGUCAGUACUGUAAGUUGAAUUUUUAAAUUGGUUGUUUGCGUGACUGAGAUGGAAGGAUGUUUUUCCUGUUCAGCAAUUUGCUGAAAAUGUGAAAGAUUUAUACAAGUAUGCGAUAGUUUGUGUUUUGGUGUGAAAUUACCUUGAAAUAAAGUUCCAGCCUAAA